AUGGGGAUUCUGUUUGCUGAACUAUUGGGAAUCAACCAUUUUGUGAACAUUGCAAUGUUCUUUGUGAACCUUGAAGAAGUCCCACCCACAUCUGAUGAAAAUGUCACUGUGAUGGAGACAACUUUCAACAACAUUCCUGUCCGUGUCUAUGUGCCAAAACGAAAGCCAGAGAGACUAAGGAGGGCCUUAUUUUAUGUUCAUGGUGGUGGUUGGUGUUUGGGGAGUGCUGCUUUGUUUGGUUAUGACUUCCUGUCAAGACAGACAGCUGAUAGACCUGAGGCUGUUGUCAUUUCAGCCAACUACAGACUAGCACCCAAAUAUCGCUUUCCAAAUCACUUUGAAGAAUAUAAUGCACUAAAGUGGUUCUUGCGCCAAGAUGUUCUUGACGAAUAUGGUGUGGAUCCUGAAAGGAUUGGUAUUUCUGGAGAAAGCGCUGGAGGGAAUUUAGUGGCAGCAGUGACUCAACAGCUCAUAGAUGACCCAGAUAUCAAGAUCAAACUCAACCGGGCUUUAAUUUAUCCUGCCCUUCAGACUCUUGAUAUGGAUUUACCAUGAUAUUGGGAAUGCUCACAUUUUCCAACUCUGCCCAAAUCAAUGAUGGUCAGGUUGUGGAGUGAAUACGAGGACAGAUCACUUGCAAGAGCUAUGCUCUUCAAUCAACAUGUACCAAUGGAAUCAAGACAUCUGUUCAAAUUUGCUAAUUGGAGUUCUUUUCUCCCUGAGAAAUUUAAGAAAGGACACUUUUAUAACAGUCCAACUUAUAGUAGUUCUGAGCUAGCUAAAAAAUAUCCAGGAUUUUUAGAUGUGAGGGCAGCCCCCUUGUUGGCUGAUGACAACAAAUUGCGAAGUUUACCCUUGACCUAUGUCAUCACUUGUCAAUAUGAUGUCUUGAGAGAUGAUGGAAUUAUGUAUGUCACCUGACUUCAGAACGCUGGAGUUCCGGUGACACAUAACCAUAUUGAGGAUGGAUUCCAUGGAGCAUUUUCCUAUUAUGGGCUUAAAAUUGGAUAUAGAAUAGAAAAUCAGUAUAUGAAUUGGCUAAGUGAAAAUCUAUAG